CGCGAGCGGAGGAGGUUUGCCCACCGCAGGCCACCAUCUGCCGGCGUUGAGCUGCAGGGCGGGUACAGCGCCCACGGGAGCCGGAAGAACUGUUCCCGUGUAUCUCCCGCCAGCCCCGUCGUGCGCCUUAUCCCGGCCCCGCCAUGAGCGAGAAGGGCGAGCUGGACCUCACCGGGGCCAAGCAGAACACCGGCAUGUGGCUGGUGAAGGUCCCCAAAUACUUGUCACAACAGUGGAAUAAAGCUUCAGGAAGAGGUGAAGUGGGAAAACUAAGGAUUACCAAAAAUCAAGGAAGAACAGAAGUGUCAUUUACUUUGAAUGAAGAGCUUGCAAGUAUCAAUGAUAUUGGAGGAAAACCUGCUUCAGUCAGUGCACCAAGGGAGCAUCCAUUUCUUUUGCAAAGUGUGGGAGGACAGACCUUAACAGUGUUCACAGAAACUUCAGUAGAAAGCCAACCAGAAGAAAAAUCUGAAAGCAGCAGCACUGAUAAACUUGCCUUGGAAGGAAUAGUGGUGCAACGUGCUGAAUGCAGACCUGCAGCUAGUGAAAAUUAUAUGAAACUGAAAAGGUUACAGAUAGAAGAAUCUUCUAAACCUGUAAGGCUAUCACAGCAGCUGGACAAAGCUGUAACCACAAACUAUAAACCAGUGGCUAAUCAUCAGUAUAAUAUUGAGUAUGAGAAGAAGAAGAAAGAAGAUGGAAAACGGGCUCGAGCUGAUAAACAACAAGUGUUGGACAUGCUUUUUUCAGCCUUUGAGAAGCAUCAGUAUUACAACAUUAAAGACCUGGUGGACAUAACCAAACAGCCAGUGAUCUACUUGAAAGAAAUUUUAAGAGAAAUAGGCAUCUACAACGUGAAGGGGACCCACAAAAACACAUGGGAGCUGAAGCCAGAAUACAGACACUACCAAGGAGAAGACAAGAGUGAUUAAUGAUGGCAUUUACAAAGCAAAAGGGAAUUCGAGUGGUUGCACUGAGGGAACUGUGGUGGGUUUACAGACAGGACUGAACACAGCAACUCUGCAGGUCAAAUCAAGGCAGAUACUUUGUUAUUUUCCAUAGCUUUGAUGAUUUUAUCUUUUUUCUCCCAAGGGAUAUUUCUUGUAAGUUUCUACAAGUGUUUUGUCUUUUGACAGGAAAAAAAUAUUUAUAGAAUAAACUUGGUUUAGAUUUAUCCUUAUUAGAAAUCCUUUGAGUUCUGAUCUUACUUUUUCUUGGUAGCUUUGUGGAUUUUCCAAGCCUCAGUGACUUUGAAGGAAACUGUCCUAGAAGAACCUGUAAGUUUGUGUGUUUGGAUUCCAGCAGAACUAGGUUAAUGUUAUCCCUUCUGCUGGGAUCUGUCAGGGCUUCAUCUGCAAGGCUGCAAAGGUACACACAGCCCUUUGUAUGCUGUUUGGGUGGGUUGGACAUGAUGCUCCUUUUGGGAUCAAGCUUUAGGAAGAACAGCCACAGCUGCCGUGCUCAUCAGUCUUAGACUUCAUGGGAACAAAUGAACACAGCUAAAAGCCCUAAAGAGAAGACUGUUUGAUAGGCAGGUCAGUGACUCCUCCAGGUGAUUGCUGAGAAAAAAAGUGAAACGUCUGUCUAAUAAGUGAGUUCAUCAAGGAAUAGAUUUCUCUUCUGUUUUGUUUUGAUGAUGUUACAUGUUUUAUGUUGAAGCAUAUCAAUAAAAGCAUUAUUUUAACUUGUACCACA